AGUUUAACGAGAGGAAUUAAUACAAUUCUUUUAUCAAGAUUGAAGAUCAGCAGUAGAGUUGUCGUUGUGCAGUCGAGCGUGGAAGGAGGACUGUUUCUAUUUCGCUUGGAAAAUUCUUUGAAUUUUUGUUCUCCCUUGAUUCAAAUAUUUUCGAGGAACAAAACUAUGAGGCUAAUAUUGAUACCAGUAUUUUUAUUACUAUUCGUGGGGGAAAAUCACAUGGCCGAGAGCAAUGUCAUCGUCAAAGAGGUACAGUCUGGGCAUUUGGCUGAAUUACCCUGUCUGAGCAGUGAUGACCAUCAUCGCUUCAUGUUCUGGGAGCUGAUUGGUGACAACAAAAUUAUCGGACCUGGAAAUCCACUGGAUGUCGAAAAAUAUAACUAUGAAGUUCUAACGGGAAAACUUCUUAUCAGGGGUGUAUCUACCACAGAGUCUGGUCUUUACAAAUGCGUUUCCAGAGGAUUGAAUGAUCAUUCAGCGAUAAAUAUUGAGACUGUUGAGCUCGUGGUGACAAAAGACUGGGAGGAUGUAUGGGAGAAUGACUAUGAGACAAAUUUGCUUCGCGGAAUGGCUGCUGUUAUGGUAAUUGUCGUGGGAGUCGCAGUGGUGCUAUUGAUCAUUACUAUGAAGAGAAAACGCAAUGCCAGGUUCUUCGAUUUGGAAGAGUCACGGGAGGGUUCACCAGCCCGAUACAGAGAGAAUCAGCCCCAGGCAUCAGCUGGCCCCUCACGAAUGGAAUCUGGAGGUAUAGACAACGCAGGAUUAGACGUGGACUUCCCAAAGGUGUUUAAGCAACUGCAGAAAGAGGACACGUUGCCUUGACCGAUAAUUUCAUUCAGAUCUCACAAUAAUCAUUGUUAAAUCUCUAGCGAAAAUAAUUCAACGAGAUAGACUCAAGAAAUAUUCUCCAAUCAUGAAUGUUCAAUUCAGAGAAUUAUCUAAAAAUUUCAAAUCUCAGGAAAAUCCCCAAUAACCCAUUUUUCCCACAACUCGAAAUUUCCUCCAUUAAAAA